UUUAAGUUUUCAUAUCCUGAAGUACUCCUUUAUUAGGUUCACUGCGUCCUGGAUGCCGGGAGAGGUAAAAUAAGGGAAGGUGGCUUGACAUUUUUGCCAGGAUAUAUUACAGACAGAAGAUCUCCGCAGUGCUGGAUUGCACAGGAAUACCCGCAGAACGUGAUCUGCUAGAAAUGAUCAGUGUGACGGGGAGCGCUGCUCGCUGACAUGACUCCUGCGCCAGGCUCUGUGGUAUAGACCGGACCUAGGACCUGGGGGAGCCACCAAACCAAGAGACACCAUGUUUUUUGCUCAUAUAUUAUCCCUCCUCCUCGUGGCUGCCGGAACCUUUCAGAAAGCCACCGGUCAACAGAGAUGUGAAGGACCACAAUACUACAAUAGGAAGGAGAAUGACUGCUGCUAUACAUGUCCUCAAGGUUAUGUGACCCGCUCUUCAUGUGUUAAAGACAUAAAUAAAGAAUGUGCGACGUGUUUUGAACCCAAGGAGUACAUCGACUGGUCCUGGAAUCCUCCUAAAUGUCAGUCUUGUAAUAUCUGCAGGAAAGAAUCGGAUCUUGUAGAGAUCCAGAGCUGCUCCUUACUCACAGAGGCAAUCUGUCAGUGUAAGCCUGGAUUUUACUGUCGCACAACGUUACACAACUCGUGUGCCCGCUGCAAGAGCCUCAAGAAAUGCCCACCUGGCCAAGGAGUAAAGCAAGAAGGCUCCCAUGAUAAGGAUACAGUAUGUGAAACUUGUCCCAGCGGGACCUUCUCCGAUGUGACGUCAGCCGCAGAAGCCUGUAAAGCGCACACAGAUUGUAAUAAAUUACAUCAAGUGACCACUAGGAGGGGCAGCGCUACGGCUGAUGCUGAAUGCGGGGGACCCAAAGUUCCAAAUCUCCGACCAAGCGAAAACAAAACACUGACAAAUACGAAAUACGUCCCUACCCCCGACACCACCACCACUUUUAACACCACCACCCCUAACACCAAAACCUCCGUCACUUUCACUAGUACAACCAAAGAUGGCGCCGCUGACCAAGGGGAGUGGAGCUCGGUGUAUGUGGUGGCCGCCAUCUUGUGCAUCAUAUCGCUGCUCAUCGCCUUCCUCCUGUCCUGGAGGCACAAGAUCUGCAACCUCAAGAUCUGGAAAAAUUUCCUCCACCCUGAGAAUUCUGCAUUCCAACAGGGGACGGUGACAACAAACAUGGAAGAAAAUAAUGAGGAGAACCUGCUUGGAAGGGAGAAUACAUCCCCUGAGAGCGACCAAUGGAGCGAGACCACACCGAACGAAUGGACAACGGAGGAGAGACUGGAAACACCGCAAGGAAGAGACCACAUGGGCAACAGGAUUGAAAAGAUCUACAUCAUGAAUGCUGACACCGUCAUCGUUGGCGCCAUCUCGGAAGCUCCUUCUCGCUUUAGACCAUUGACACCAGAAAGUGACAGCCAGGAGAGUCCGUCACCAGCAUCGCGCUACCCUGAGCAGGAAUCCAGCAAGAUGUCAGCUAAAGACCUCAUGUUCUCUAUAGAAGAGGAAGAGAGAGAGUCCUGCGCAGCCAAAGCCAUACUGGACGUGUAAGGCUGGCAGCGGACCGCCUGGCAUCGGAUACACUAUACAUUAAUGGCACUUACGGUACAACGCCAAUCACCUGACCACUUAUCAGAUCACAGGAGUCACAAACUUUCACGAUAACCCUAUGAGCGGUGACCAUUGGCUGCCAGAGACUGUGUGUGUUACAUAGGGAGCGAUGAACAUGAACCCUGGGGUUCCCAUAAAGACUGAACCAUAACGUGUGGAUGGAAUAGGCGGACCGAUCAGGACUGUUGUAUGCUGUAACAGGCAGGGACACAAUGAGGACGCCAUCUUCAUUGUAAAAACACGAAAGACUGAUCUUGUGCGUCCUUAGUGUUAUCAUUGUUACAGUAUGGUUUCUACAUUGCAACAUGUUGCUUUCAUAUUUGCCCACAUAACAGCAGUGUUGACCAUGCAGUGUGCCUCCAGCUGUUGCAAACCUACAACUCCCAGCAUGCCCGGACAGCCGAAGGCUGUCCGGGCAUGCUGGAAGUUGUAGUUUUCUCUCACCAAACAAUG